AGGGGAAAGGUUGUAGCUCCCGCUUCCAAGAUGGCGGCUAGGGAAUUGUACCGUAAGAUCCUAGUGAGGAGGCUGCCCUGGACUGUGGGGAGAUUUGAAGUCUCCGAAUAUUUUAAGCAGUUUGGGUCCAUCAAGAGAUGCAACGUGCCGUUCGAUGAAACAGGAUUUAACAAAGGCUAUUCCUGGAUUACAUUCCACUCAGAAAGCAGCAUCCACAAGGUGUUAAAGGAAUCUCACACUUUAGAGGGAGCCCAGGUAACAACUUUGUUGAAUCCUUAAUCAAAUGAUUUAUUCUGCUAGACUCUUCCUAUGUUUACUUCAUUCUGAGUAGGUUACUGGCAGUGAAGCAGUGUGGGGAUCCCAGCUCAGAAUAUAGUAACUUGUUUAUUGUAAUUAAGUAGUCAACCAUAAGAUUCUAAAUUGAAAACUUUUUCUAAAAUCUUUCCUCCUUUACCCUCCAUCUUAAGUAAGUGGUCUUGUAACGUGUUGUAAAGGUCAAACUCUGACUAUUCUGGACAAAAACACUAUCCUAAAAUAGCCUUGAACCCAGUUUUCCCUGCACCCACGAGUGGAGAAACUCUUGCACGUGUUCUUAAUGUAUGCUCAUGUAGACAUUGUCUUGCAUAGCUUCCUGUCUUGUCCCUAGCAAUACACAUUCAAACUUAAACACUUCAAAUUGCACAGCAGCCCAUAGCAUGUCUACCCAUUGACACAAGUGCAACUAAGAGUAGCUAUUUGCUGUGCUCCUGAGAGUUUGAGUGGCAUUAUAACAUGGCUUCAGGUAGAAUAAUGUAAUUAUUCUCUCUGGAGGACAAAUGCUUGUGGCAGCAUCUGCCUCUAAAUGUAUAGAAAGGGUAAGAAGGUGGUAUUUGGUCACUUUAUACUACCUGGAAAUCUAGAGCAAGGUAAAGAUCAAGCAGAAGCCUGAAAUUUCUGUAUUAAAGGGUAUACUGAUGCAGUAAAUCUACCCUUUAAUAC